GAGGGAGCUUGGAGGGGGGUCCUUACUUUUAUUUUACAUUUUUUACAUACAUGUUAGGUAAAUGACCUUUCAAAGUGAUCAGCACAAAGCAGGGAAGCAGAAAAGUUGAAAUAUUUUAACUUUAUCACAUCAGAUAUUUUCUAAUUCAGCAUCACCAAACAGAUUGAAUGACACACAAGGCGAAAAGCUGAGAGGCUGCAUUGGGAACUCACCUUUAGACAUAGUUCUUAGGGCAACUCCAAGGGCAACUCACAACAUUAUCUCUAAUAACUUCAUGAAUAUGGUAUGUGUCCAAGUAGAAUAAAUGUUCAAAAUUGCCCAGUAGGUAUCUAAUAAAUGGAAACAGUUAUGCAUAAUCUGAUAAGGUCAUCUUGAGUUCCAUAUAAAAGUUGGUCAAGAACGUGAAUACUCUUCAAUAACAACCAAGACACUUGGCAUUGCCGAACAUGUGAUAGGUGUCAGUGAUUGGUGGAGGAGGUUUUGGGGCUCUUCCACGUCUGAUCAGCUCGUCUGUGUACUGGUUCACAUACUGCAUAGGAGGUAAGGGCAGAGAACUGACUUGUAUGGUGUCUGUAUUAGCCAUUUCGAUAGGGGAAUGGUAAGUGUGUUAGAAAUUAUGAUUUAAUAUUAGUGUCCUAAAAACAUUACUAGAAAAUCAAUCAACAUUUUUGGAAUCAAACAAUCUGAAUAAGGUAAACAAACUCUGUUUGACAAGUGACAAAAGACAACAGUGACAAACAGAAGUUAACAAAUGUCAUGUCUCAAAAUUCUUCCUCUUGUUCUCUUCUUUUGCUUAGUUCCAUGUUCAUUGUCUCUUGUGUGCUUUGGACAUUGGAUAUACCGGACAUUCAUCCUUUUGACAUACAUCAUCAAUUCUUCUUCUUCUCCUUCAAUAAACAUUGUUGCCUCAAGCUCACGCAAUCGAGACAUCGUGCUUCCAUCAUUGUCGAGCCUAGCUCAUGUGGAGCCCAAAGAUUAUAAUUUCUGUAUCAAGGUGGAUCUCUGUAUAAUCUCCUUGAGUCGAGCACUGAGCACUGGAGUCGAGCCGUGGUCGAGCCUAAUUAAUGUCAUCCGAAUUAUUUCAUGAAUGUCCCUCCAUCGGGGUCCUGAGUAAACAGAAUAUAAGGUGUCCAAAAAAUAUUGGUCACUCCCAAAUCUCCCAAAUCUGAGUUUACCUCUGCAGUCUGCUCCAAAGGACCCUGAACUUUAUUUAUAUAUUUGUUUACAUGUAUGCGAUAUUCGCUUUCAGCAGGCUAUUUAUUAUUUGAUAAGGUGGAGUCAAACUCCAUCCAGAGAUAAACAUAAUUAUCAUUUUCGAGUGCAUUUUUGUGUAUUUUGAAUAUUAUGCCUGAUAUAGGUAGAUGUAUACCUACCUACAAUUCUAUUAUAUUAUUAUAGUAUAAAGUUUUAUUAAAUUUCACGGAAAAUUAGAGAAAAUGCAACUAGAAAUAGUAAUAGAUUAUUGUUACAGAUGUCUCAAAAGCCUCCGUGUCCAGGUGAUGCGUUGGUGUGCUGAAAGACCAGCUAUAUCACUGGUAUUGGUCAUAUUGUUCACCAUAAUUUUGCUGCCAUUGAUAACAGCUACAGUUCUAAUACCAUUUGCAAUACUAUUGGAUCUCAGCCACUUUCUAGCAACAAAAGAAUCUACUCUCAGGACAAACUCCAAAAUGGCUGCUAGAGUCCCAAGUUUGCGUGAACUGAAGAAAAAAAGUAACAGUCUCCUCCAUUUGAAGAAUGCAAAACAAGCUUGUGUGAAUAGUGACUAUGCUGAGGCCUACGAGAACUUUGUUCUUUAUUUCGAAAGCCUGACUGAUCCCUUGGACUCCACAGCGGCAGUUCAAAAAAUAUUCACAAAGUUGGUUUGCAAAAUGGGCAUGAUAUUGGAGGAAACAUGUAACAUUGAGGAACUUUUGAAAUGCUAUAUUCAAGCAUUGAAUUUUUUUCCAGAUAACUUUGUCAUACUCAGUAAUUUGGGAGCAUACAUGUUCAAAAAUGCUGAGAUUGAUAUUGCUAGAAGAUAUCUGGAAAGGGCUGUCAAUGUUAACAAAAACUAUCUACCUGCUGAAAUCAACCUGAUGCAUGUGAAAUGGCAUCAAAUUCCACGUUGGCACUUUAGGAUGCUCAAUGACAAGCAUCGCAACAUUGCCUAUGAAAAGGCAAUUUCUACACAAGUGAAUACAGGGUAUAAAAAUGUCCUGGACAUAGGAGCAGGAUGUGGUUUUUUGAGUUUGUGUGCAGCAAGACAUGCAGGAACUACAGUUACUGCUAUUGAAGAAAAUAAACAACUUGCUAACAUGUGUAAGGACAUUAUGAAGGCAAAUGAAGUGUCUAAUGUCAAUGUAUUACAGUGCUAUUCAACACAUUUCUCUGAAUCUCCAGUGGAAUGUAACCUACUGGUAACUGAAGUUUUUGAUGUGGCAUUAUUUGGAGAACGUGCACUUGAAACUAUAGCCCAUGCUUCAACUGUUUUAUGUACUGAAAAUGACUACAAAAUCAUUCCCUGUAAAGCUAAAGUUUAUCUAACAGGUAUAAGCAGUGAAGAACUUCAUGCCAAACACAGAUGCACCUUGCCUAGAUCCAUACAACUUCUCAACCUGGAUAACCUUGAGAUAACAGAACAAGAUUUGGAGCCCUAUGAAGCAGAAAACCUCUCAGACUUUGAUGUCUCUUACCUAACAGACAAACAAGAAAUUUUCAACAUAGAUUUCUAUGACUCCAAUCAAAUACUGCAAAUACUUGAUGAAAGUGAGGCUCAAAGGGUCCAUUUGAAAUGCAAUCAAGCCGGCACAAUCCACGCUCUGGCGGUAUGGUUCGACUUGGGAUUGACAGCCGACGUAUCCAUCACCACCGACCCGUUGAACGACGACAGAGUCACCUGCUGGGAGCAGGCGGUGGUGCAUCUGGACAGGCCCGUCAAAGUGACAGCCGGAGACGUUCUGGCUGUCGACGUGUCGAUGAAGAACUGUCGAUUGAAGAUCGAAUUGGCGGAAGACGGGGUGGUGGACCGUGACCGGAGGUUCAAGGUGACCAAGGAGGUCGUGUCCUUUUUAAAUGACGACAGUUUGGUGGAGAGCAUCGGUCGGUUGGCUGAGAGAUUAGCGCAUGCGAAUUUGACAGUUGUGGAUUACAACGUGUUCCCUCUCCUAGGUUUCUUGAUGGCAAAACGAAAUUGCACCGUUUUCCACUCCAUCAAAAACAAUUGCGAUCGAGCCCUCUUCGAGCGCAUCCUAGAUCUGAACGAUAUUCCCAAAGAACGCUUCCACAUUCUCGACGAAUUCGUGUUGGAUGCCAGCGAACACGACUGUCUCUUCUUCUGUGACGUCAUCAGCCGUGACGGGUUGUUGGAGAGCAGUGGUUUCGAGAUGAUGGAGCCGCACGGAAGGUCAGUGAAGAUUCCACAAAGCAUCACCGCGCAUGUGCAGCUGGUUCAUUCGCUUUACGUCGAAAGAUGCAAUCUGGUGAUGGACGAAAACGUACUAGAUUUCAGGAUCGGAGAAUUCAUCAAUGAUUAUUCGGGUUACGAGCACCCUAACUUGGAGAAAUUGCAAUACACUGCACAUUCUGAGCCGAUAAAAUUUCCACUGGCUGGAGACGGAACGGCAACGUCGCGCGUUACCGUUAACCGAGAGGGAAUCGUGAACGCCCUGUACGUCUGGUACGACGUUCAGCUACACGAUGACAUCGUUUUUUCCACGAAAAACAGCACGCACUACAAGAAAGUGUGUUUUUUCUUCAAGGAAAAAGCUAAAGUGCAAGUGGGUGAUAAUUUUACUGUGAAGAUGCAACUGGACGGGUCUUAUGUGAAAAUAUUUUUAGAGGAGAAAGAAAUAAGUGAUAUAAAAUA